AUGGCGUUGCAGCGAGUGUGGGUGCAGGGCGUUCUCCGAAGCGCAGAUGCUGCCUCCCCCACUGCUGUCCGGGGUGGUGAGGUGUCUUCUGGGGCAGGCGGUUCUGCUGCCGAAGGGCGUGCUGCGGAGGGGAGGUGCGGCGGUGAGGGGAGGUUGUAUCUGGACGACGGCAGUGCGGCGGUUGAGAUCGUUCCUGCUAAGGGGGGGUCGCCUCCGCUUGUCGGGUCGUACGUGCAAGUCAUAGGUGCUCUCUGCACCCGCCCUGCCAGCCCACCAUUCAUCAAGGUGCACAAGCUGGUGGAUCUGUCAGCAGACCCCAACAGAGAGUCCCUGUGGAAUCUGGAGGUGAUAGAAGCGCACAUCAGGUCUCGACCCAAGCCACACACGUGA